AUGUCGAGCUCAAGACAUCUUGGUUAUCAGGAUGAAGCCUUUUCUGAAAAAAGAUCUCGCUUCUCCCGUGAUUCGGCUUCUAAAGAACGUCCCAGAGAGUCUCGGACAUACCGAGAAGACGAUAGAUCUUUGAGCCCUCCAGCUUAUAAAAAUCGUUCUUCUUUUAAUAACGAAAGUGAGAAAUCUACCCAAAAACCACCUUUGGACCCAGUGGAAGCUGCUGCCGCUGCUGCCAAACGUGUUGCAGAGUCAUUACGAUCUGGAAGAUCCUUUGAUGAAGAAGAAAAGGAUGCUAAGAAAGAACAGAAUUCAGAGAGUUCUGUCCCACUUCCCAAUGCACCUGCUCCACCUCUUCCUCCUAAUUCUCAGUCUGAGUUGAAUGAUUUGGUACCUCCCUCUAUAGCUGAUAUAGCGGGGAAAGUUAUUGAAGGGGAGGAAGUUUUUACUAUUAAUGUUGAGAUAAAUAAUGUGAAGAAUCGCUAUAUACUCGUAAAAUCUUCCACGUUAUCUGAAAUUGAACAUAAAAGUGGAGUUCAGUUGUAUUCUAAAGGCCGCUAUUACCCAAACAAAGCUCUAGCUUCUGAUCGAGACCCUCCUUUAUACCUCCAUAUAGUAGCAAGUUCCACAGAGGACUUGUCAAAAGCUCUAGCGGAAUUAGAAUCUUGGAUACAUAAAGACAUUGGGCCCCUCGUAGACGAAAGAAGGUUUCGAAGACGAGAUGAUAUGGAUCGUAACCCAUCUCAAGGUGCAUCCCCUCAGGGAAACUCGAUUCCAAAUGAAUCUCAAGGAAUGCGUAAACGAUGGAAUGAAGAAAAAGUUUAUAUCAAUUUGACACCUACUAAAGGUUUCCAUCUUCGUCAAGCAGUGGUCGGUCCUCAGGGUGCUUAUGUAAAACAUAUUCAGCAAGAAACUCGUACUCGCGUACAAAUAAAAGGACAAGGGUCUGCUUUUAUUGAACCUUCUACUAACCGAGAAUCUGACGAACCUCUACAUUUGUGUAUAAUGAGCCACGAUAUGAACAAUAUUCAAAAAGCGAAACCAUUAUGCGAGGAUUUGAUCGCCAAUGUACAUCAACAAUACCAGGCUUGGAAAACCCAGUACAGAGAAGGCGGUCAAGGAUCACAAGCAUACAAACAGUCCAAUCGUAACCAUUACUCUAACCGCUCAUCCAAGGCAGAAACACCUAGCAAUCAUGGAACUCCACCAAUAUCCAAUGUCUCCCCUGUUGCUAACUUUAGUGCCCCUACGUCGUCUACGUCGAAUGUUGCACCUGCCACUUCAAUCCCGGCAGCGGCUUAUCCUCCAGGUACGUCUCCUGCUGUUCCCAUGGUUUCACCUGGUAUGCCCUAUGUAUAUGGGGCUCCUGGAAUGUCUGGUCCUCCAGGAAUUGAUGCUCCGGGCGUUGGUAUCUCAGCUAUGUCUGCUCCUGGAGCAGAUCCAUAUGCAGCUUUUGGAGGUUAUAAUGCCUAUGUUCAAUACUACCAACAACAAAUCUAUGCUCAAAGUCGUGGGGCGAAUCCACCCCAAUAA